AUGCAAGAGGCCUCUCCGUUCUCUUCACUUGAGCACGCAAUUUCAUUCGCUCGAGAUUUAUGGUUCAACAAAUCGCCUAUUAGAACAUGGUUGGAUGCAUUCUCCGCACACAGGCACAUAGGUACAGUUAUUAGUAGGGCGCCUACUGAACUAAUUUCGGAUUUGUGUCAAUUCGGAGCAAAGUAUCGAAAGAAAUUUGGCUUCGAAUUCUUAACAACUACAAAUGCUAGACAUUCCCAUAAAAUACUGAAGGAGAUCAAGAUUUUAAAUAGUACUAAGGACAAACGUCUUAAUGAUACUAAUCUAUUUACUGGUUUGAUUAUAAAGGCUCGAUGCGGGAACAAUCUCUUGGUUGAACUGGAUAUUGCGGCCCGAGAGAAAUUCUAUUUCAUACAAAAAGGACUCACAAAAAUCUGGGAACGAAUAUCUCAAGAGGAGCUUCAAGAGAAAUCAGAAGAUUUAGGGGAGAUAGUUUCAAACUCACUGGAAGAAGAACUCGUGCCCAGCAACAGUUCCGACAAGGAGGUUUGGAUCGAUGACAAGGCUACCUUGAGAAAUUAUGACCUCAAUAAAACACCAGACGAGAACCAGAUAGAAUGA